AUGGCCAAUUAUACGGAGAAUCAAGCCUUUCAGGACGAGAUGAGGGUUAUGAACCGCUACCAGCAAGAAGGAGUCAUCACAGGAUUAUGGAACUUAAUCCUGAAUAUUCACUUUCCUCCAAGUGAGGACUUCGUUCAUCGCCCUCAGCAUGGAGGGAAAAAAGGGGGGAAAGCAGGAUACACCGAUAUUGAGUCGUCCGUGUGGAUUCAGCACCACAGGGCGAAGAGCAGACGGCCAACUCGGUUUUUGGUGACGCAGUGCAAACGCUUCGCAAAGGAAGGGCAAGACAGCGGAUGGGCAGAAGGAGUGCGUCAAAUGAAUAUCUACCUCGGGGACAUUGCUUCCUCAUCAAAGGGACGCAAGUAUGGCAUAUAUGGUAUAGUAGCAAUUGGUAAGCAUGUUAGGUUCUACGAAUGGGACCGGAAGAACAAAAUGGUGGUCGAUUUGGGAAGUGGACAGCCUUAUCAUGUCAAAGACGACAGCGUCCAAGUGCUGAAUUUCCUGAACAUGAUUAAACAGAACGAUAAAUAUGUUUAG